AUGGAUUGUGAUCUUGCCGUGGUUUUUUCUCCAAGAUUUGCAGAAGGGGCAGAUCAAUUCAGGUUGGAUGUUGCAGAGAAUCCAAAUGAUACUGAGGAGUCCAUUUGGUGCUUCCUCUGUGAAGCUCAAAUUUAUGGAGUUGAUGAAGCCAGGAAACGUUUCUUAGAGGUUGGCCCAGAUUCUCGGCUUGUCAUGCGUGAAGUCUAUAAUAUGUUUAAAGAUGGCGGGGACCCUCAGAAGCUUGUUUCAACUUUUUCAAACGCUCGCAAAAUUGAAUGCUUUUAUGCUUCUCUCUAUGCUGGUCUCUAUUAUGAGUCUCAGAAUGAAAUGGACGCUGCCAAAGUUCAUAUUGUUGCAGCCUGUCAGACUCCAUAUGGAUCAGAGUCUGAUGAUUAUAUGGCCGCCCUAGCAAAAGUUCACUGCUCUUGCCGAAACUGGAGUAUCAACUGAAGCUUUCUGCCUUCCAAUGAAAACCUUGAAGAUUGGAGUUUUUGUAAGAAUCUAUAAGAAGAAAUUUUGAUGAAAGCCAUUGCUUUUUAAUUAUAUGUGGUGAUUAUUGAGUUGGUUAAGAUUAAUUAAGCUUCUAAAGCUCUGAAGUACUCUACAUUGUGCAAUCUCAUUAAGCUUAAAUGUUGCAUGAGCUGAGUACAUAUAAGAGAUGAGUGUAACAUAAAGAUUGCACUUUGAAGUGGCACCAUUAAAUAUGAUCAUGCUUCUGCUACUACAUUUUAA